AUCGUUUUCAUCCUCAACUCUCAUAUUUCACCAUCUCCUUCUUCUUCUUCAUUUUCUCUCUUGCUAAUGUGUAGGGCGAGAAAGAGCAAGGGCCGUAGAAAGAUAGAGAUGGUGAAGAUGAACAACGAGAGCAAUCUUCAGGUCACCUUCUCGAAGAGAAGACAUGGUCUUUUCAAAAAAGCCAGUGAACUCUGCACCAUGUGCGGCGCCGAGGUGGCUAUCAUCGUGUUUUCUCCCGGUCGGAAAGCGUUCUCCUUCGGCCAUCCUUGUGUCGACACUGUCGUCGAUCGUUUCAUGAGCGGUCGCCCUCACCUUCCUAACCGAAACUCCCCCACCAUGCAACUCAUCGAGGCCCAUCGCAACGCCACCAUUCGGGACCUCAACAACGAGCUUAGUCAGGUGCUGGACCAGCUCGAAAUUGAGAAGAAAAGAGGGCAACAGCUGAGCCGGAUAAGGGAAUCCAACAGGAAUCCGGCCAACUGGUGGGAAUCACCUCCCGAAGAGCUUGACCUCGAACAGCUGACUCAACUCAAGCAGGCACUCGACGACCUGAAGAAGACGGUCGCCUGUCAUGCCUCCGAGCUCAUCCACCCGACCGCCCCUCCUCCCCCGGCCAAUUUCUAUGUCGGAAACCAUUCCAACAGCAACAACGGCGCCGGCGGUUCUCAUGAACUGGAUCUGUUUCAUCAGGGGAGAGAUGUCGGAACGGGAAGCGUACCCAUCAACAACAACAGCAACAUGAACCCUCCUCCUGAGGUGGCUGCGCCUUAUGGGUACGGCGUUCAAGGGUUUAAACAUGAAGAGGGCGGUUCAGGCUUGGCCCUGAUUGUGGAUUUGAUCUUCCUCCCUUUUAAGGCUUCGGCAUGCUGUUUCCUUUAUUUUAUUGUGCUUUGA